AUGGCUUUCAAAGUAGCUGCCUUUGCGAUCCUGCUGGUCGUUGUCGCCAUCAAUGCUGCCCCUCAGCUGGACCAGCUGCCAGGCGGUAUGACGACUCCGGGCAUGGGAGAGGUCCCGGUGGGUGGUAAUCAGACCAAUCCCGGUGAUCUGACGAACAACCUGAACACGACCGUCCCCUCGAACCCGGCCGGUGGAGUUGGAGGUGCCGAGAACGCUACCGUACCCUCGAACAUUGGCGGAGUCCCGAAUCGGUUGACCAAUCGCAUCAACCGACUGAACAACAGGCACCAGUAG